AUGGGAAUGGCGGAGGCAGAGCAGGGAGUGGAUGAAGCGGUGAUCAGUACUCCAGUGAUUGGGAUCGUGCUUGAUGAGAGUCAGGUGCGGGUGAUGAUUGGGGUGGCUGUGACGGUACGGAAAAACAUUGAAAAGGCACAGGGGAAACAAAAAAAGGCUUUUGAGGCAAAGAAAAGGAAAGGGGUUCACCAGUGCUCGGUUAAGGCAGGGGACGAGGUCCUAAUUGGGGAGCCCAAAAAGAAGGUGAAGAAGGGAAAUUGUUUCCAGGAUCUACACCAAGGGCCAUUCACCCUCACAUCCCUGACAGAGAAGGGUGUGGCAAGUGUGGCUAUGUUAGGGAAAAUACAGAAAGUUAAUGUUGCGCAGCUAAGGCCCUACUUUCGGCCACAAGAUCACAGCCAUGAAUCUGAGGGCAGCCAAAACGAUGCAGAAAAUAUUGGACUGGUGGACCACCAGUAUGCCAAUAAAGGUCCACUGUGGUCCAAGAGGUUGUGUCCUCAGCAAGAACAAGUGCUGACCUAUGUGCUGGACAGAACACGUCCAGCAAAAGAAAUUGUUGUUCUGGAUGGCCCAGUUUGUCUUCAAAGGGAGGACUUUUGGAGCCUGGGGCUAGAUGAACAGGUGGAGAGCAAUAUUGGGAAUGCGUGCUUCAGGCUGGUAGAGGAGGCAGCCAGGAGACAUGGAAUGGAUGUCCACAUUGCUGACCUAUUUGAAGUCCCUAAAUGGAAACUAAGGGAACCUAGUUUGCCGGACAAUGUGGAAUCUAAAGACAUCAUCAUUUUGCCAGCAUGGUCUAGGGGGUCACAAACAGCAAGCCACUACAUGCUUUGUGUACAGUUACAUUGUUUUUUAGUUUUUUCUCUAUUUUUAAACCAGUUGGUGCCCCUAUAGCUGACAUUAAUAGGGUAUGUUCUUCACAGGUGUUAUUAGUUGCUAAGAAGGAGGCUAUUUUUCUGGACUCAUUAUGUCCAAAUGGGUUUGGAGAUGAGAAAUACCGAACCAUAUUUAGGUUUGAAACGCAUAAGCAGAGGACAUUAGCAAGGUUUGACCUGUGACCGAUUAAGGCUAACCCAGAGAACAGAAAGUGCAUGUAGUUACAUGCUACUAUGGGAA